AUGCCUCGGAAGGCCUACAUCGCCGAUGCAGCGGCUGUCAUCGACCAGGCUGCCGCCCAGAAUAGCCCUGGCAUUACGUCAAUUACCAAGGGAAGCGAGGAUGGUGAACUUCACAUCUGCUUCGUCCCACCUACCGGCCUCCCAAUCGAGAUCCAGUUAAUAGCACUAGAUGUUGGCGGAUAUCCAUCCGAAAAUACCUACAUGAUCACUACUGCUUCCUUGGAUCUUCCCGACAACGUAAAUGAUGCCUUGCAAGACAUCCAAAAAUACUCUAGGGGUAUACAUAUUCCAGAUCUUAUUGCCACCAUCUCCAGAAAGUUACAGAGGCUUCUUGCUAGGGAAUCCGAAGCAUCAGAUAUCAGCAUGGAGGACCCAGAGUCCGACCAGGAGUCCGAUCAGGAGAUGAAUGACGAGACAGACCAUUAUCCUGAAACGGAUGAUGAGUGGAAGGACUCAUACGGCGUUAACGAACCAGCCACGGGGAAAGCCUAUAUAAAACCCGAGGAUGCUAUCAGGAUUGAUAAGCGAAUCAGGUUGGAUCUUCGAGCUGUGAAGGAUGCCGGCUUCCGGGUUGGAAUCCUGAACGGAAUGAAAGCCGACUCUGUGUCCAGCAUAGUUUCCAUUUCAGUAAAGGUUGAUCAACUAGGUCUCUCUGAUGCGGCACUUCAUGCUUGGGGCCUUGAACCACAUCAGUACGCUGUCCUCCUGCUUAGAUAUCGUAAGUGUUACAAGGAAUUUGAGGCAGUUAUAAGCGAGCCAGCCGAACACGCUCAGGUCGAAUUCAAAACCGGUGUCUGCAACAAAUACAAGCCAACUCGAUACGAAGCAUUAGCUGCAUUUGGGAAUGUUGCUUGUGGGACGGGAGAUUCCUCUGAAACUCCCGUAGUGCCCGACAACCGGACUGAACUAGGCGCUACUGGCUUCUCCAGUGUAUUCAUCAGCGGUUCUCUGAAUUCAUUUAUGGAACAGUUGGUUUCCCUUCUCAAGAUUCGAAAGAGUACCGGUCUUGGCUGGACAGGUGCUACUAAGUGGUUGAACAAUAGCCAAUCCCGGAUCGAUAAAGCUGACAGCGAGAUACCCCCAUCAUAUUACGAGAACGAUUUGACGUCUUCAAGCAACACACAUCUGGAAUCAUUGUUGAAGGAUCAUCUAACCGAUGGCAAACCCAACGACCUGUCAUUCCCCCUCAUCGCCACGCAGUUCUUUUUGCUAUACCUAACCCGAUGCACCGAGUAUUGCCUAAUCUGCCACGAGAAGACGCAAGAAGAGCUCCAAGCACUCAAACCAUAUGUCUGCAGCAAGCCUCUUUGCCUCUAUCAAUACAUGUCGUUGGGCUUCGGACCUUCCCUUGAGCAUGAGCUUUUGACUCAACCCUAUGUGGUCGAUCUUCUUGUCAGCUUCUGCUACGCAAGCGCAUAUCAUCGCAAAAUCCGAGAAUACCCGACAGGUAUGAAUCUUAAUGUGCCACCGGUAACGGUCCUCGCUGCCCAUAGUUCGAAUCCUAUUCCUCGAUCUAUGAGCAUACCCGGUUCAACUAUCCCCGUUCAAUCUACCGACCUACUAGACGUCAAACUCGAUAGUAACCGGCAAGAAGUCCUAUUCGAGGAGGGUAGCAGCUGUCCUGUUCGGAACGGAGAAUGGAUUGCCCUUAAAGUGGACGGUGCAGGUAAUGGCGCCCUCUCCUCGGGACAUUAUCAGGUCGUGGAUAUCUCCUUGUACCCGACAGUAAAACUAUCCAGGGCUGGUUAUACUCCAAAAAGUAGUUUCAAGAAGACGUCCGAUGUCCCUGUUGCCCCUGCAACACCUCUAACUGCACUUACUCCUGCAAAGCUGGCCAUGUACAACCAAAAUUUUGAUGAAAUGGAUAGCAAGUGCAAGGCCGAGUCAAUCGUUGCGCUUCUAGAGACAUUACCAUCUAUCAAAGAGAUGAGAGAUUAUCUUAUACGACAGAGUCGAUAUGCCGAGCCUAGUCUUCGUACUUGGAAGGAAGGCAUGUCCCCGGCAGCGUUGGGUUUGCUUCGCUGGAUUCUCGCAUCUAAUCGUUCGUGCAUCAUGCAAGUUGACAGAUGCCCCGGUCAAGACGAGCAUGAUGCCACACUAGGUAAAAUCAGACUAGACCAGAGGAUCUCAAAUAUUGACAAAAGCUGGGUUCAAUUUCGGUUCGCCCAGGGUUCUCCAGACAAAGAACAGCGAUUCUUGAACGCGCUCAGAGAGCAACAAGGCAACCUCAACCCAAGCUACCCAACAUUAUUCGCAUGGCAUGGAAGCCGCCUUUAUAACUGGCAUAGUAUCAUCCGAACUGGAUUGGAUUUCAUUGAUGUCCAAAAUGGUAGAGCAUACGGCCAUGGAGUCUACCAUGCCAUAGAUCAAGAAAUCUCAUGUGGCUAUGCUAACCGUCGCGCAGAGAUGCAGGCAACAUGGCCAGGCUCUGAGUUGAAAAUCUCCAGCGCGAUGAGUCUGAAUGAGAUAGUUAAUUGUCCUGGGCAAUUCGCCAGCAACUCGCCCUUUCUAGUGGUUCAAUAUAUUGACUGGAUUCAGUGCAGAUAUUUAUUUGUUCAAGUGGAAGAUAACCCCAACCUCAACCCCAAUAGCCUAGAUGCAAAUAUGGGUGCAAAUUUUGCAAGCAGUGGCUCAAACUCAUCGGUUGAGAUUUUUCAGGACCCGAAAUACACCGCAAAAUCGGCACGUGGGAAACCUAUUGGUGUGCCGCUCUGUGCCGUCAACACUUCCAAACUCUUUCGAGUCGAUGAGAGGGAAGAAACCACCUCUCCAGGUAGGAAACGAAAGCGAUCAGUUGAUGAUACCUCUCCUGGCGAAGCCAGUACCAGCACCACCAACACCAGUACCAGCACCAGAACGAGUGUCAGUGCCACUGCCAGCGACGACGAAGAUUUGAAGUUUUUCUUGUCCGACAAUGACCAUCAAGAUAUUGACAAGGCGAAGGGAACAUCAAAUGAAGGACUUGCCAUGCUAAACUCAAUUUUAAGAACACAGACUGAUUUUAUCCCUGGUUCACUCGAUCAAUCAACUUUGCCAAUGCUACCGCCACCAUCAUAUGCCACGCCUAUGGCAACUAAAUCUCUCAAUCGAAACUUAAAGGAGGUCUUAGAACUCCAAAAGAACUCCAAAAUUCAUGAACUUGGCUGGUAUAUCAACCCAGAGCUUAUUAGUAACGUCUACCAAUGGAUUGUUGAACUGCACUCGUUUGAUCCUACAACACCGCUUGCUCAUGACAUGAAGGCGGCUAGAGUUACCAGUGUCGUGCUGGAGAUACGAUUUGGAAAGGGUUAUCCUAAUAGUCCACCCUUUGUUCGGGUAAUUAGACCUCGAUUUCUACCUUUUGCAGGUGGAGGCGGCGGUCAUGUUACGGGCGGUGGAGCUAUGUGUAUGGAACUUCUCACAAACUCGGGUUGGAGCGCUGUCUCAUCCAUGGAGGGUGUUCUUCUUCAAGUCCGCAUGGCAAUGAUGAACCUGGAGCCGAGACCUGCACGACUGGAGAGCAAACGCUCGUCGGGACAGCGUGAUUAUGGAAUUGGUGAAGCUAUUGAUGCAUAUCGUCGAGCUUGCCACACGCAUGGAUGGCAAAUUCCUCCGGACUUCGCAGACUUUGCUUCGAAUGGGGCUAGACUGGCAAAGCCACCCAUUCGGUAA